AGAUUAUUAUUAUUAUUGGUCAGGUUGAGUGUAAUUAGAUAUUAUACUUUUGCUCUUCUCCAACUGUGCUUUCUACUCUCUGAAGACAAACCGGUUGGAGAUGUCAGUUUCUUAACACAUGUUUUGUUAUCUGCCCAGGUUGAGUUCCAGGACCAGAGCCAGCUGAUACUAAAACACUCAGAGAUCCAUCAGCUGGACCAGGAACUGCCGAAGAGGGUCAGAGCCAGACUAGCCAUACCUGUACCACAGGAGGAGGUUUCAUCAGCAGAUGAAGCCAAAGCAGCCAAACGCCGGCGCCUGCCUUCAGUCUCGGCCCCAAUGGCCGAAACCUCCGUGGAGAUGACCAACACACCUGCCUGCUCCCUAACUACAGCCCCGGUAGGAGCACAAGCAGCAGAAGAUCACAGUAUUCAUACACUACCGACAUCACUACCUGUAUCCCAGCCCACCACGGCCCCAACCGAUGGUAUUCAGAUGGACGCUGAGACCCCAAUGGACAUGAGCGUCGCUCUCACCGAUGCUCUAACGGAGUCAACCCUGGCUUCGGACCCCACGCUGACGCCACAGUCGACCCCUUUUUCAGUCGACGUUUCCUACAUGGAGACCCUCCUCCAUUCACAUUUCACUCAGGACAGUAGUCAAGGACCCAUGUAUUAACAAGUGACUCCCCUAUAUUAUUACUCUGCCAGUGGAGGCUGAGCCGUUAGGAAGUAAGCCUAUGGAGGUGGAUUCUACUUAGUGCUGUAUUAAUGGACACAACAUUUACUCCACCGGCUCUAAGAGUUCAGGGCGGGAGUGAAAAAAAGACACACAAGCACUCUUUUAAUGCAUGUUAGUUUUCUAUUUUUGAGUUAAUGUAUUUGCAGUGGUGCUUUAGCUUGCUCUGAAGCAGCAGCUAAAGAAGGUUUUUUUUUUUAGUUUUAACAUUAUUAUUAUUAUUAAUAUAAAUUUUUUUGGCGCCGUGUGGGGUUUUUCCGAUUUUGGUCAGCUGCUGUGCUUUUUUCCUCCAUCUUAAACUCCAUACCUCGUUGCAUUAAUUCAAUAACAGCUUCCUGUACUAAAAAAAAUGGGAGUGUGCUAAUUACUUUUACAGCCUCUCAGCACUGAGGCCCCCUGUGGAGCUUUAUUUUCCUUUUUUAAAUCAAAUAACCAGCAACAAAAUAUCUAUUUUUCAAUCUAGCCACUCGUGGCUUUGAAACCGUUUGGUGGAAAUAAAUGAUCACGUCCAUCUUCAGGAUAUUCUCAGUGAGGUGUUUUUCUGUCAGAUUGCAAGAGGUAAAUGGGGAGAAUGAGGUAAACAAAUGUAUUGUUGGGGGAACUCGGUAUUUAAAUGUCUUAGUCAAAUAUUGAACUAAUUAUUUGUGAUGGAAGAACUAUGUUGAAUGCAAACACUAGUACAUUUGUCUGCGGGAUGCAUAGAAACGUUGUGAAGAUGUGUCAUGGUAGUUAACAAAUAAGACCUUUAUGUAUUGGCAUCAUUCAAACUGUCAUUUGGCAGCUCCACUUUUCACACCCAAAACUGUCUCAGGGUUCCUACAUUAGGGAAAUAAAUUUCAUUAUAUCGUCCAAAUCUAGGAAAUGCAGAACAGCCUCGAGAAUGUUACUCAGUCGUAAUUGGAACAGGAAUAUCCUUUGCUUAUUGUCAUAGAUCUAACGUUAACAGUUUGUCCACUACAACGAGUGAUCUCUUUGUUUACUAUCGGCUUUCUCCUAUUAGCACUUCAACUGGCACAAACUAUGAGGUAAAUUUAAAGGAUCAAAGUCUGGAAAAUGUUUAAUAUUUGGAAUAAGGAAGCUAUGUAUUUGUAGGAACCCUACAAUCUGGAAAUAUGUUGCAUCAUUCUUGGUUUAAAUUGUAUAAGUCAAUAUUGUAUAUUAAUGUUUUUUUUUUCUAUUUCUGUAUCAUUUCUAUGUUCAUUUUAUGAAUAGAAUUCACAAACUUGGCUGAUCUAAAAUGAUUUUUUUUGGCCAGAUUUUCAAAGGCAUAUUACUUAGUUUGUACUUUUAAAUACAUAUUUCUUUUCCCGGAUAUGACCAUUUUGUGCUUCACAGGUGCUACUACUGAUGGACUAAGUUUCCCAACACUGUCACCGUGCACAUACUGCAGGCCCUGUGUAUUGUGAAUCAAAUGUGUAAAUGUUACACCUUUCUUUUUCUUUUUUCUGUCACCACAACAGAAAUUUUGGGCCACAAAUGUGUUCCUGUGUCCAAAUGAUAUCGAUCAAGGAAAUUUUAUUUCAUAGGGAUUAAAGUGGGUUGCUAAUCGCCA